AUGACGGAGGAGGUGAUUGUGAUUGCCAAGUGGGACUACACGGCCCAGCAGGACCAGGAACUUGACAUCCGGAAAAACGAGCGCCUGUGGUUGAUCGACGACUCCAAGACGUGGUGGCGGGUGCGCAACACCUCCAACAAGACCGGCUACGUCCCGUCCAACUACGUGGAGCGCAAGAACAGCCUCAAGAAGGGCUCUCUGGUCAAGAACCUCAAAGACACACUCGGUAAGAUGCCUCUGCCUGGGAAGACUAAGAGGAAGACGAGUGCGCGUGACACGUCCCCCACGCCGAGCACGGAUGCCGAGUACCCGUCCAACGGAGGAGGAGGAGGAGGGAUCUACGAGCUCAGCGUGCCGGCGCUGGUGAAGUUUGCGUACUUGGCGGAGCGCGAGGACGAGCUGGCGCUGGUGAAGGGCGCGCGCGUGCUGGUGACGGAGAAGUGCAGCGACGGCUGGUGGCGCGGGAGCUACGGCGGGCAGGUGGGCUGGUUCCCCUCCAACUACGUCACGGAGGAGGGCAGCGACGAGGCGUCCGGCCAGCCCGGCAUGGGCUACCUGACCGCGCAGCGCCAGCAGCAGCCGAGGGCCGCGGGCCUCAGCAACGGCAACGGCAGCGGCGGCGGUCAGCAUCAGGUUCCGCAGUCGCAGGCGGCCGCGCUGCACACGGUCCAGACGCUCUACCCGUUCAGCUCGGUGACGGACGAGGAGCUGAACUUCGAGAAGGGCGAGGUCAUGGAGGUCGUGGAGAAGCCCGACAACGACCCCGAGUGGUGGAAGUGCCGCAACGGCCGCGGGCAGCUGGGCCUGGUGCCCAAGAACUACGUGCUGGUGCUGAGCGACGGGGCGGCGCCCGCGGGCACCAUGCCAGGCUCAGGCUCCGCCCCCUCCUCCUCCUCCUCCGCGCCGGGGGGGCCGGGCGGCCAGACGCGCCCCUCGCGCACGGGCAAGUUCGCCGGGAAGGACUGGUACUACGGCGACGUGACGCGGCUGCAGGCCGAGGGCGCGCUGAACGAGAGGGGCCUCGAGGGCGACUUCCUGGUGCGAGAUAGCGAGUCGUCGCCCAGUGAUUUCUCCGUGUCCCUGAAGGCGGUGGGGAAGAACAAGCACUUCAAGGUGCAGCUGUGUGAGGGCGUCUACUGCAUCGGCCAGCGACGCUUCAACACCAUGGACGAGCUGGUGGAGCACUACAAGAAAGCGCCCAUCUUCACCAGCGAGCAAGGGGACAAGCUCUACCUGGUCAAACCUCUGCUGUGACACACACAAACACACACACACACAUAAUAUGUACACAUACCCAUACAGAUACGCACCAACCCUGCCUGAAAGCAAGCCUUAGGAUUGGACUCUGUGCAGAGCAAGGUCUCGUCUUCAUGUCCCCCCUUUGUGGCUAAACGCAACAGUUCCGAGAGCUUUUAGCACACAGUAGCAAAUCCAGGACAUUCCGUAGGAACCACGAGCCAAACACGAACCAACGACUUGGAGCCAAAUGUGAAGACCUGGAGAUGUUAAAGAUUGUCACGGUACAAGCAGUACUGUCGGUACGAGCAGUUUCAAAUCUUUAUUUAAAGUGUCCCGGGGCCUGUUUUUUCAUUGUUUUGUUGUUGUUGUUUUGUUUGUCAAUUUUUUGGUUGUUUUUGUUUUGUUUUUGUCUUCAAAAGUGUCUGCUUUCACUAAGUGACCGUACUAAAGCACACUCUCGUUGCCUUGGCUGCUGGCUUCACCUCUCUGGCGUCCCCUCGUCUCCGUGGAACGUUCAUUCUGAGAGAGCUCUCGGUCUAACCACGCUCCCGUUCUGGAAACUUCCUUGUAUGUCAAAAACUGUUGUGAGCACAGCUGUUCAAGACCAGAGACAGGAGACGUUCUGUAGGGGAGGAAACCCAAACAGUUGUUUCCAUAUAAGCGGGGCAGGUUUCCUUAGUUCCCCUCUGGUGCCAGACUCUCUAGAAGCUCUUGAAGAGUUUCACCAACACUCUGUGACGUCCAAUGACAAGAACUAUUUGAGUAUGAACACUUUUCAGCCAAAUCCACACAGGUAUUUUUUACAGGCUAAACUAGCGGCGCCGGCUGUGUCGGUGCAGAACAGCAGAGCGCGUGUGUCUUGAGAGAGCCGUCUCAGGAAAUGGACCGGUACCUCACCGUCCGUCUCGUCCGUCCAAGGGACAAGAGCGCCAUCUGGUGGCCAAAUGUGGAAGUGGCAAGGGAAGUGUGUUCCUGUUUUCAGUUGAAUGUUUUGUGGAUGUACAACCAAAUGUGCCACCCUCGUAGCCUCAUGUGAACCUCUCCCCUGCCACACCCCUCCCCUCCCCUCCCCUCCCCUCCCCUCCACACCCCCCCCCUCCCUCCACACACGUCCCCUGCCUCACCCCCCCCCCCCUCCACACGUCUCAUAUUUACUGUUGAAGACCCUCAGCUCUGAGCUCUAGCGUAUAAUGUAUUUAUCCACGAUCACAGAUUAAAGCAUUAAAGUAUCCAUAUAUCCACAGACACAAACACUAUGUUUACCAAUGUGACUCCACACAAGAGAUCCCACCUCUCCUUUUUUCAUAUGUCAGAAUGUUAUUGAGCGUCGUUAUUUAAAAUGUUUUCAUCUGUAUGUUUAUUUAAAAAGAGGAAAGAUGGUGCGUAUAUAAUUUAGUUCCAGACGUAUAGUACUGUACUAAAUACAUUGUGGGUAGAAUUGAGAUACAUUUGUU